ACAUCUGAGGCGAAGGUGCGCGUCAUCAAGUGAUUGCCCUUGUGCCUGAAAUUCAUGAACCGUGUUUCGAUCAUCGUCCACUCAAGGCUAUGAUGAGAAAUCAUUCAUAAAAAGUUCCCAAGUCUCCUUGCAACUCAUGUUUACUGACAACGAUCUUGCAUACACCUAUUCUCCCCGUCCUUGACGCCUCGUAUUUGGAUCAGUUGGACUUCCCGCCACGCCAACCUCAACCAUACCUUGAUUGUCAUUCGAAAGUCCGUCGACGAAGUUCCGAUUGCGCACAACCCGGAAAGAUGCACAUCUCUAUAUCUAUCGUUGCGUCUGAUAUAGACCUUCAGUCCGACUUCCUCAACCUCGAUGUCAACCCGGACAUGACUCUCAGCGACAUCAAAUCCUUCAUCGAAGCUGAGAUCAACGUCCCUCCCUCCUCUCAAAUCUUCCUCCAGGACGGUCGGCCGGUGACGGACAAUUCAACAACCCUGGCGCAGAUGAAUGUUCAAGAGGGUGACGUCGUGGCGUUGGCCGUACAAGGUACAAGACAGAGAUCACAGCCUGCACAACGGAGUACACCUGCGCAGCCAACCCAGAGAGCCCCAAGCACCAACGAUCCAGAACAAGCCAGACUGCGCGUUCUCGGCGAUCCAGUUCUUAUGGGUGAGUGGCGGAGGCAAGAUCCAGAACUUGCUGCAGCAGCUUCGGACCGGGACAAGUUUCACGAUCUGUACAGUGCCCGGCAAAGACAGUACGCCCAAGCCCAGCGUGAGAAGGAGGAACAACAUGCGCUUUUAGCAGCGGACCCAUUCAAUGUUGAUGCACAGCAGAAGAUAGAAGAGAUGAUCCGACAAGAGCGGGUCGCUGAAAACUUGCAAAAGGCCAUGGAGGAGAAUCCUGAAUGGUCACCAUGCUCUACAUCGAUGUCACCGUCAACAAUGUGCCCAUCAAGGCCUUCGUCGAUUCGGGAGCCCAAACCACGAUCAUGUCCCCCUCCGCUGCGGAACGAUGUGGCAUCCUGCGACUCAUUGACAAACGUUUCGGUGGUAUAGCAAGAGGAGUCGGGACCGCAAACAUCCUGGGACGUGUCCACUCAGCCGACAUACAGAUAGGGCAAUUCAAUUUGGCUAGCAGUUUCACGGUCAUGGAAGGAAAGGAUGUGGAUCUACUCCUUGGCCUCGACAUGCUCAAGCGGCAUCAGAUGUGUAUCGACCUCAGAAAGAACAGUCUAAUCGUGCAGAACGA